AGCAUUAUCCGUGUUAAUGUGAUAAUGCAGUUUAUCUAGACAAUUCUUUCAUUAUAAGGGAGAUAAGUCGUAAGGUCUUAUUACACGCAGCUCAGAUUAUGUCUCCCCUUUAGUUGAAAGGUCGCAGUUAAUGCUAGCGCUUACGUCAUCAGUCGUCUACGUCAUAUAUUCCGGACUUUAGUUGAAAGGUCACAGUUAAUGCUAGCGCUUACGUCAUCAGUCGUCUACGUCAUAUAUUCCGGAGCACAUGGUCCAGUCUCUUUUUUAUGUGAAUCGAAGUUGAAUCGUAUCCAAAAAGGAGGAAUAUUUACCAAACAACAGCUUUAUCAGAUAAGUAAAUUUGUCACAAUUAUUAGAUAGUUAAAUUUCAUGUACAAAAUUGAUAUUUGAUUUAUAAUAUCCGGAUAAAUAUAGUAUAGUAAAUAAAUUAUAAUCAUACCACGAGGUGUGGCCGUGGGAGACGGUGACAUCGGAUAGACCAGUAACUGUAUAAAGUGAAACAAAGUUCUACUCUUUAUAUCAGUGAAUUUAUCAUUAAACACUGUUUUCACUAUUAAAUUAUAUUUCCUAGGAUGCCUAAGGCAAAGGCGAAAUCUAACAGACAGGGAAACCCCGUUUCGUUUCCACGCCAUUCCUCAAGGUCAUUGGCAAGAGGUCAAUCGGCGCGGCCAAGAAAACAAACUUGCAAAGCAACACCAACAGCUGAACAAAAUGUGGCUGUCAAUGCGGAAGCACAUGUUCCUACCGAUACUGAGCAUGGUGAUGGCAAUUUACCCACAGGCUGUCAGGUAGCUGGCAACCCCGCUCCUGAGCUUCAGCAAGAGCAUAACGUGAUUGGGUUUCCAAUGGUUUCUCAAAGGCUGUCUCCUUCUGAAACUUCCAAUAUCCAAGUUACUUGUGAGUGGCACCUUACGACCAACAAAUGAAAUAGUUUACUAA